CUAAUUUGAUGACAAUUUUUUCCCUAUAAAUUCAUUGAUUAUUUUAAUCAUUGUUUUUUGAAAAGAAAAUCAUUCAUGGUUUUAUUGAAUAAUUCAUAUUGAUCAACCAUUCAACGAUUUGUUUUGUUGUUGUCUCAACACAAAUAUACGUCAAUACAGCGAUUUAUUGUCUUUUGUUUCCGGCAUAAUCGACAUGUAUCUUUUUGAUGAUCAUUGUUACUGCUGAUGAACGAAUAGUGCCGAUAGUGCAUUUCGCCUACCAGAAAAAAAUAACAUAAAUACACGUCAUCUUUAUUAUUAAAUUCAUAAAUUUUUAUUUAAUUUGAUUCAUUUUUCAUUCACCGUUAAUCAAAAUGACAACAUGGUUUCCCAAAAACGAACGUACAUGGCUGGAACGUAUUGUCAUACGAAUAUUGAGCCAAGGUAUCAUUCCAAAACAUAUUGCAUUCAUAAUGGAUGGAAAUCGUCGUUUUGCUAAAAAAUUAAACCAAGAAAAAAUUCUUGGCCACAGUCAAGGUUUUAUUAAACUAACCGAAACAUUGUCAUGGUGUCGUGAUCUCGGUAUUACACAAGCUACAUUGUUUACAUUUAGCAUUGAAAAUUUUAAACGGCCAAAAGAAGAAGUAAAUUACCUAAUGGAUUUAUUUCGAAAACAAACGAAAAAAGUUUUCGAAGAAAUGUCCAAAAUAAAGCAAUACGAAAUAUGUAUACGUGUUUAUGGUAAUAUAAAUUUACUACCGAUAGAUAUUCAACAAGGUAUCGCUCGUAUGGUCAUCGAAACAGCUAAAUUUGAUAGAUUUUUCUUGAACAUCUGUUUUGCCUAUACUGCCCGAGAAGAGAUGACCAAUGCAUUCAAUGAUCUUCAACAAUGUGUUGAUAAACAUAUUAUCGAACCGAGUGACAUUAAUUAUACAACCAUUACGAAUGCUAUGUAUUCGCUUGGUAUCAAUGAUCCUGAUAUAUUGUUACGAACAUCAGGUGAAAUUCGUUUAUCUGAUUUCCUUCUUUGGCAAUCAUCAUUUUCAACAAUAUUUUUCCUCGACGCAUUAUGGCCAGAGUUUACCAUUUGGCAUCUUUUUGCCGCAAUACUAAAUUAUCAAUUUGAAUAUAGGUCAAUGAAAAAAUCACGAGAAGAUUAUUUCCAACUUUUACGGGGUGAAGAUGAUAAAUUUUGUAGACAAAUUUAUCAUAAUCAACAAUCAUCAAAAAAUUAUAAUAAUUAUGAACAAUUUAUUAUCGAACGUGAAUCAAAAAUCAAUGAAUGUUAUGAAUUCAUCCGUAAUAAACGGAUUGAACAUUUAUAUUCUAUUUUAUUAGCCAACGAUAUUAGCAACAAUAAUAAUAUUGAUAUGACAACUACAAGAAAAAAACUAAUAACAAAUGGUUCCGAUCAUCAUCAUCAUCAUCAUCAUCAUAACAUUGAUGGUCUUCUCUAUGAAUUUAAUCAAUCAUUGUAA